AUGGAAUCCCGCCAACCCACCACCCUAGCGGUUUCAAUCACUUUCUUCGUGAUUGCCAGUAUCUUCGUCGCCUUGCGCUUCAUCUCGCGCAUCUUUGUGGUCGGAAGAAUCGCGUUACACGACUAUCUAAUGUUGUUCGCAUGGGUGAUUGACUUUGGUUUCUGCUUCGCCCUUUUUUACGCGACAAAGAACGGACUCGGUCUUCACUCCAGUGAAAUUCUCCCAGAAAACGAAAGCGCCCUCAGCAAAGCCAAUUAUGCGUUCACUGUCCUUUAUAAUCCAGCCCUCAUGGCUGUCAAGACUUCGAUUCUCGUCUUCUACCUGACCUUGACUCGCAACCAAAAGGUGUUUCGAUGGGCCAAUUAUGUCACUCUCGCCGUGGUUAAUGGUGCCGGUCUCGCAUUGACCAUGAUCAAUGUUUUUCAAUGUCGCCCAGUCUCCGCUGCCCUAUUAGCUUCGGUCCCUCCAGGCGCCACUUGCACCGAUAUUGUCACACUCUACCUGUCUUCAUCUCCCGUCAACAUCAUCACCGACCUCGCUAUCCUAUUCCUACCCAUGCCAAUGUUGACGCAAAUGCGUCUACCAUUCAAGCAAAAGGCGAUUCUGGUUAUAACGUUCAGCUUCGGCUUCUUCGUCGCGGUGGUCGAUGUGAUCAGAAUUGCUUUUCUUCAGCAAGCGGCGACCUCGCGACAAGCGGCCCUAUCGUCCAUUCACAUUCAGAACUCCGGGGGCUCGGAUUUCAGCUGGUAUGCAUCGCUUUCCUUUAUGUGGUCAGCUGUCGAAGUCAAUGUCUCCAUCAUGUGUGGCUGCGUUCCAAGUCUCAAACCUCUAGUCGCUCGCCUUGUCCCCAAAUUGAUCAGAGAUACCAAUGAUCCAUAUACCAGCCCCAAUAACAACUAUGCGACAGGGGAGAGCCCGGUGGCUAUGCCCCCGCCAGCUGCCGUUCCAAGCUCCGGCGGACCGUCGCCUUCCACAUCUCCGGCUGAUAGCAACAACUCUAGCAAGCCAUCCCAGACAAAGAGCCACAAUGCAACCCAUCAGAAAGACUCUGACGAGCCCAUGGGACUAUUAGACUUUCUUGGUCACCCAGGUACCGGUCCCCAGGAUACUGAAGCCAACACCCAUACCAGCAUCUCCUACCCGCCAACUAUCACUUUCUUCGAUUUCGUCAAUAUGAAGAACCCAGAGAGCAUGCUCAAGUUGAACAAUAAGGAGUCCAUUGCUCCAAUUGCGUUAACCACACUUCUCUUCUUCCUAUGGGGCUUCGCGUACGGUUUUCUCGACAUUCUCAAUUCCCAGUUUCAGACCAUUGUCCAUCUGGAUUCGUGGCAUUCGCUUGGUCUUCAUGGAGCUUACUUUGGAGGCUAUGUUACCGGCCCACUCUUGGUUGGCGGGCCAGUUUUGAAGAUCUGGGGCUUCAAGGCCACGUUUAUUACCGGGCUUUGCAUCUAUGCUUGUGGAACUCUGAUAUUCUGGCCAUCUGCAGUUCUCACAUCCACUGCCGCCUUCACAGUCUCAAACUUUAUCGUGGGGUUCGGUCUGGCUGUGCUGGAAACAGCAGGCAAUCCAUUCAUAGCUCUCUGCGGUCCACUCGAAAACUCUGAGAUCCGACUCAAUAUCUCACAGGGAGUCCAGGCCGUCGGAAGUGUCGUAUCCCCACUUCUGGCCAAGAAGGUUCUUUUCAAGGGCGUGAAUGACGUCGCCUCUCUCGUCGACGUUCAAUGGGCCUACCUUGGCAUUGCCCUGUUUGAUGUCUUGCUUGCGGUGGCAUUUUAUUACCUUCCAAUCCCCGAGGCUUCCGACGAAGACCUUGAAGAGCUAGCCAACCGCCGUCGAGAAGACAACAUGACCAAGGUUGUCGGAGUUCCAGUCGUAUGGUUGACUCUCGGACUAGGUAUCUGGUCUCAAUUCUUUUACGUGGCUGGUCAAGAAGUGCUCGCAACCAGUCUAGAACGCUUCACCGAUGCUUCACAGCACGGCUCGGGUCUAGGGGCAUUUGAGUUACUCACAAUUGGCCACAGUAUCUUCGCCAUCGGUCGCUUCUUCGCCGCAUUUGCUCAAUGGUUCCUCAAACCUCGCUGGAUUCUCAUGGUCUCCUAUAUUGGUAUGAUCGUUUGUGCCGUGCUAUGUAUGAAUACAACUGGAGACACGGCCAUAGGAAUGGCCAUGCUGCUGUAUCUCUUUGAAAGUGGCGCUUUCAGCAUCAUUUUUGCCAUCUCCCUCCGCGGCACGGCCCAACAUACAAAAACAGCCGCUGUUUUCUUAACAAUGGCUAUUGGCGGCGGAACAUUCUUCCCUUUCGCAGAAUAUGCUGCAUAUCUGUCCCACGGCGCACAAUACUCCUUCUGCGUGAUUGUUGCUCUUUUUGCUGCCGGUGCCAUCUUCCCUAUUUACCUCAACCUCGUCCCAGCCGUUAAGAAACAAGUCGACCCCGUGCCGAAUGAGUACCUGCGCCGUCACCACCGACGUCGCAGCCGCGCACCAACAACUAUGCAUCGAGAGAAACAGAAUCCAUCCUUUGGUGGUGUUCUCUCCAGGCGACGCAGUCUAGUUUCCGACCCCGAUGAUCUGCCCGAUCUCCCUUUCCCGGGCGAAAUACAUCAAGCCCCUGCUAUGACCGGUUUUCAUGAUUCAAAGUCGAGUUUUUCCUCGCAGAUGAAACCGGACGAGCCACAGGACGGGGCCGUGCAGCACCGAACAUCAACUCCGAGACGAAAUUCUUGA